AUGGCGGAUGACAGUGAUGACGAUUCCUGGGGUAGUUUCUUUGAAAACAACCGGUCUGUGCCUCUACAUAAAACUCGACGGGAGAAGGAAGAAGGCGAUAGUGUUCCUUAUCGCAUACACUUGAAAUCUGUCGAAGGGAUCCCCAUUCCGAGCUUUGUAGUAAGUAAAAACAGCAAAUUUACAAAUGUAAACAAACGUAAACCGUAUGGUACACUGUAGUAUUUUUGUAUUUAAUAUUACACUAAGGCUGUAAAAUCCACUAUAACGUUCACUAUGUAGUAUAUUAGUGUGUUGGGAAUGCGUAGUUUCUACAGGAUUUUGAUAUUUCAUUGCGAUCGGGUGAUAUAUUUGGUUUUAAUGUUGUCUAGCCUUUUGCCGUUGUGAAUACUUGAUUGUAAACAAGUGUAUGUUGUACUAUAGCCGUAAAUACGCUAUGAAGUAAACUGAUGUCGACAUUUGUGUGUUGGGAAAGAUUAGUUAGUAUGGGAUUUUAAUAUUUUGUUGCGAUCGGCCGAUUUGUUGGAUUUUAAUAUUGUCUAGCUUUUUCCUACCUGCCAUAUUAUCGUUAUUGUAUAAAAUAUAAUUAUGUAAAUUAUUUGUAUAUAAGUUCUUUGUAGGUUUGCAUGGCGGUGAAACAUAUAAUAUUAUUGUUUGUGGCAACACCACGUAAAAAUUUAUUACUGCAAAGCUUUCGAUCCGUAAGCCUAGAUCUUCAUCAGUGCUAAUAAUAUAUGACUUGUUCAAUCCACACACCCUUUUAUAUACCAAAGUGUCGUGAUCUGUUGGCUCACAUCAUUUGAAACUUUUUAUUUAAUUUGGGCACAGAAUACUACACAGAAGUCCAUCUCCAUUGGUUUUUGCGGAAGCACUUGUCAUCAUUCGUCACUCAGCAAGUGCCGUAAACAGAAGCCGUCACCCCCUGGAUGUGCACCAUUUUGAGUAUUUCCAGGGGGGACUGCUUCUGUUUACGGCACUUGCUGAGUGACGAAUGAUGACGAAUAGUACUUAAGCAAAAACCAAUGGAGAUGGACUUCUGUAUAGUAUUCUGUGAUCCGGGCUUACGGAUCGAAAGCUUUGCAGUAAUAAAUUUAUGUGGUGUUUCCACAAACAAUAGUAAUAUAUGAUUUGUAUAUAAUUGUGUAGUCUAGAGUGAUUAUGAUCGGUAGUUAUCCAUUUAGUUUGUUGUUUUACCAAUCCACCCUGGGGCGAAAAAAUAUUUUAUUUUCUGUGACCACAAGUGAACGUGAUUUUUUUCUGUGAGGUAUCAACUGUUUAAAAUUGUACUUUAAUAACUGUUCAAUUGUAAGUAUGACAAUGUCAAAGUAUUGUCACUGGUGUAUUAAAUAUAAUUUAUACCAAAACUGCUGCUGAAAUUGUCAUAAGACAAAUUUCUUCAGACAAACUAGAAAAAAAUAGUGCAGACAGUCCAACUUAUAAAACUAAUGUAUUUCAAAAAAAUUGUGCAAUCAUAUACCCAGGGCGCGAUAAUUCAAGAUUUUUAGUCGUACCUGACUGGUACGCCAAUGGUAGUUGCCGCGUACGUGAGCUAGUACACACUCAGUACUCAAUGUGUACUUACUGUAGUCCUCAGACACAUGAUAUACCAACUAAAUUACGGUAUUGAAUACCUUGGGCUUGGAAAGGCCAUGUGAUACCAGCAAAAAGUAAGUACGCAGAUAGCAAGAAUUCCGCGUACCUACGUGGUACUUGACUGAAAACAAGGAAGUACCAGACCGUAAUAUUGGCGUACCUCCAGUACGUAAGUACGCGAUUUAUCGCACCCUGAUUAUUACUCUACAAUACAUUUUGAAUCAGUUUCGAUUCAUCUUCAGCAGCAUAUUUAUUUUGGUACCCGGUCAGUCAUUAAAUACAAUUUGUCCUAAAUGCAUACUAGAGCCAAGAAUCAGUCGAGUUUCAAGUACGUGUCACACUGUACGAUGCAGCGAACAAGCACUUCUUUGGCAGUACCUGGCUCGGAGCUUAUCUACCUUGGAGGAAAAUGGACGAGAAUCAUGCUAAAAUAUCUUGUAAUGAGGUAUGAAAUAUAUUGUUUCUAUGAAAUUAUAUAUUAUUGUAUUCUAUAAUUUAGUCCUGUAUAUACUGGGUGUUCCAAAAACACCUGGGCGCUGUUUGAUUUCAUGUAACGUAAAAGCUAUACACGCUAUCGCAAUGAAAUAAAGAUCAUUGCAUUCACGAAGGUCUAACUUAGAUUUUGAUAUAUAACACUUGAAUUUACAUGCAAUAUUUACAUGCAAUAUUGACUAUUGAUAUUUGAACGUUGAACUACUGUUUUUGAAAAUGCCAAAAAUUAAACAACCGAUGUAGUUAGACUUGUUAAAUAAUAAAUAUUUUUAUUUUGGUUGUAUCUCGCUCAAUAUUGCAUGUAAAUUGAAGUGUUAUAUAUCAAAAUCUAAGUUACAUGUACUGUAUAGUCUUUUCUGAAUGUAAUGAUCUUUAUUUCAUUGCGAUAGCUUUUAUAGCUUUUACGUUACAUGAAAUCAAACAGCGUUCAGUUUUUUUUUGGACACCCGGUAUAAUGUGCAUAUAAACAUAAUAUGAAUAUACUUUAUCGUUUUGCAUAUGUUAGCCACCAUUAAUUUCAUAAAACUACUUGGAAUAUUCUAUUUUUCAGGCUUUAUAUUUUCAUUCCUCUUUGAACGAUGUUACUUGUGUUGGAGCUGUCGAAGUUAUAGCUCUGGGUAGGUUAUAUAUAAGUUAUUUCCAUGAAACUUUAUGAUUACAUUUUUUUUUGCCAAGAAAAGAUUAAAUCACUGCCCGGACUAUAGGUGUCUACUAUAGAAACCUUAAAAAUUAUAUAAUACAAAAAUGACAAAAUAUAUUGUACCUUCUCUGUAAUAAAAUUGAUUGACUAUACAGUAUAUUUUAAUAAAGAGAUUCAAUGUAUUUUUUGUUAAUGGAUAUACAAAUAUCGUUGUGUGUAUUUAAGAUGAAGCUAAAGGUAUCAGUUGUUCUUGUGGCUGGGGGAUUCUCAGGAUUUUUGACUCAACUAUUACUCUCAAGGAUUCGUCAAACACGAAUGAUAUUACAAUAAACAGGUAUACGACAAACACCGAAAUGAUGCGAGGUUUUAAAAAUCUUCUCCGACGUAUCCAUCGUCUUCACUAAUGUUGCAGAAAUGUGAAAACCUAAAUUUACACUGAAUGUUCAAAGCUGAUGCAUGCUGGCCCAUGGCAAGGCCGAUUUACGCUACGCAACCUUUGCUUAAUAAUAUAACUGUCGCAUGCAACCUGCUUACAACUUGAGUUGUACUGUGUAUAAAAUCAAGCAAACAACUCGCGACAACUCGCGACACAGUACAACUCAAGUUGUAAGCAGGUUGCAUGCGACAGUUUUAGGCAAAAGUUAUGUUAUUGUAGUGUAAAUUGUCUGUCUGUAAUUCUGCUCUCCUUCCUCCACUUUGAGCUUUCAAACAAGAUUAUUUUUCCUUAACCUGGUCUACUUUAUAGCCCGGCCCGGUUAUUUUCGAAAACAACGUACUAUUUCGUAAAACUGAGAAUGAAAGUAGUGAUACAUUUUUGCUAAUUUGGUUACAAGGCUCAGUUGUGUUGCUAUCUAAUCAAUAUACACUUAUGUCUAGUUAAUUUGGAUGACUGUAAGACUCUCGACCGCUCCCCACAGUCGCCUACUUUAUCAAUACAGCUAUACGUACUCAGAAUAAUUCUGAAAGUCAUGGGAAUUACUGAUAGUAGAUACUAGAUGGUUAAUUCUCGACUGACACUUAUUAUGUUUGUCUUUAGAUUGAACUUCAUGCGUGGCACAGUUCAAGCGUUAUUGUACAUGUCUGAACCUUUAGAAGGUACUGAUACAGAGUACCUUUCUUCUUUCUCACAUUUUUUAUUUUUAUUCACCACAUGCGAACAAUCUAGUGGAAUUAAUCUUACCUUAUCUUGUCUUUUAUUAUCUUUCAAUUUAUGGUGUUUAUAGAAAUAUGAUUUUCAUGGUAAUCAAAAUUAAAGACAAUCGUAACUCUCGAUCGUUUUCUUAGAUUUCCCUGGCUUGGGACCAAUUCCUGGAUUCCAGUUGCUUUAUCAGCUAUCACGGCAUUCCAGUUUAGAGAAAGUCGUUCAUUUGUUUCCUGAGAAUUCUCUGAUUGGUGGAGAUGACAUAGUGCCGGGUGUGCGAGAAGGACCGCCCGAUG